AUCCAUGUAACAUUACUCGUUUGAUAACAUUAUAAACAGUAGGCCAUUGAGUAACCGACGCUGUGUUAUUAUUAGUCAAUCUGUCAUGCUCAGAUAAGAAUAUUCAAACAAUAAAAUAAACAUCGCGCCAAAUUUCAAAUUUUCUUCAAAAUUCAUAGUUAAUCACAAGCACCGAACAUAGAUUGAAAUUCACGAAAAAAAAACAUGGCUCCUGUUGAUCGACCUCGAAUGGUACUUCGCUCGCGCUACCAACCUAAACUGAUAGCGAAUCAACAUCAGAUAUCCUUACUGCUCCAGUCGCCUAAAACUCCAACCCCGAACGUCACCAAUGAAUCGCGACGUUACUUCCCCGCGGACAGCAUAAUCAAUUCCAGCGUGCUCGCAACGAUGGAUCGAACAGGAUGGAACAGCCGGGUAGAUCAUGCCCUGAACGGAAUCAUUCGGGGCCAUCGUGGCUACAAACCGGACCAAUCCGUGUAUGGAGACAUCAACCGGAUGUUCGAUGCCACGCUGUGCACUCUGGUUCUGAUUGCGUCCCGCGAUCAUAACAUAUCGGAAGAGCAUCUGCUGUGGAGUGAGGCGUUCCUGCGAGGUGUUCGCGAUCGCUACGGUAAUCAUCCGCCGAACGUGCGGAAGUUGAUUGGAUACAUCAAACAUAUCCAAGGGAAAAUGGCCGCCCGCGAGGACAGUACCAUGGCGGAGAAAAGUGAUCUAUUUACUCGCACCUAUCGUGAUGCUUUGCCGGACAGUGUGGCGGUGACCCGAAUCAAACCUAAAAUUGGAAAUGUCACUGUGCAAGGAAAUGACUCAGACUUGGAAAAUGAGUAAUACAAGGGAAUUAUGUGUUUUUAGUAAAGUAGAUUCUCAAUGCAAAUUACUGUACGUUAAAUCUAACAAUUUAUUUGUUCCUAAUAAAAUAUGGUUUGAUUAUAUUAUCA